AUGAGCCAGGAGGAACAACCUCGUGUAUCGCAAUGGGAGACCCGCAAGUAUGUCCCCAAAGCAGGAGAACCGGCAUUACCACCACAAAUAUCACAAUUUGCCAACAAGACCACCGAUGAGGUGAUGGAAGAGUUGAACCGAUUACCAUUUUUCAUGACAAAGCUCGAUGAAACCGAUGGAGAAGGCGGAGAAAAUAUCGGUGUUGAAGCAUUGAAAUCUUUGGCUUAUGAUGGAGAGCCAGACGAGAUUGCUACAAACUUCAAAAACCAAGGUAACGAUUGUUUCAAGGCAAAGCAAUACCAUAAUGCAAUAGAAUACUACAACAAGGCACUCGAAGUCGAUUGCGGGGUUGAUGACAUUACCAAGUCCUUGUACUUGAACCGAGCCGCAUGCAACUUGGAGCUUAAAAACUAUCGUAAAUGUGUUGAAGAUUGCAAGCGAGUGCUCACACUUGACGAAAAAAAUGUCAAGGCAUGUUUCAGAGCCGGAAAAGCUUUCUUUGCAAUUGAGAAAUUCGAAGAGGCAAAACAGAUUUUAACCUAUGGUUUGAGUUUUAGCGAUAGCCAAGAUUUGACAACAUUAUUGAGUCAAGUGGAGAAUAAACAAAAACAAAUCAAGGACCAACUCAUCAAAAGAGAAAAAGAAGAAAAAGAAAAACAAUUGAAACAGGCAGUAUUGGAAAACAGUAUAAAAUUAAGACACUAUGAAAUAGUAAGAACUAAAAAUCCACCAGAAAUGCUUAAAAGUGCCAAACUCACAUUGGAGGAUCCAACAGAUUACCAAUCGCAAUUGAUAUUCCCGGCUUUGGUUUUGUACCCCACCACAGACGAAUUUGACUUUAUUGCUGAAAUUAGUGAACUCACUACACCAUUGGAGAUUCUUGAAAUGGUGCUCAACCGACCGGUUGAAUGGUUUGAAGGCAAGCACAAAAACUUCCAUGUCAAGACAUUGGAUUGCUUUAUGGAAACCACUAGUGGUGGGUUAAUUAAAGUUGGUAAGAAAAUGGAGCUCAACCAAAUUCUUCUGCAAGAAAGCCCCAAGGCUCCUUUGUUUGACAAUGCAUUGAAAUUGUUUGUUGUUCCCAAAUCCGAUGUUGCCGAGUGGACUUCCAAAUGGAAUAAAGACAUUGCUUUGCAAUCGCGAAAACAAUAA